UUCGGUAGUCCGAGGCUGCAAGGAAGGCAGACAGACAGCUGCCGAUGAGUGUAGUUUGAGUGUCCAUUUGUAUCUAAACUACGAACUCUCUCUUUUUAUAUUCCAAUUGUCUUCUUCUUUUACCUUUUCUUCUUCUUUUGGUGGGUUUUGCAAUUUUGAUCCCUCCAUCUUUUUUGAUGAUCAAUCCAAUAUCUUCUUCUCGCUACCAAAGUUUGUCACUUUCUUCAUCUUUGACCCUCCAAAGUAAGUACCAGUUUUUGUCUUUGUUUUAGCUCAACUGAAUAAAUUAAAAAGUGGGAUAAAAAGAACAUCAAAUCUUGUAUCUGGGUUCUUGUUUUUGGCUUCUGAAGAGAUUUGUAUUGGGUUUUUGGUCCUGAAUUUCUGAUAUUGUGAAAUACAUGGUGAAGUUUUUGAGUUAAGAGAGGGGAAUUUUAAAUUAAAAACUAUGGGUGGGAUUUGCUCGAGGAGGGCCACUGUUGAUAACCUUUUUCAGGAGGCAACGAAUGGGCAUUUUGAUCGUUCAAAAGCUGGUAAAGGGAGGUACAAUUCGAGUGCCGGGACUGUGGUUAAGCCGCCCCCGGUGGUCGGAAUUAAGGAGGAGGAGAAGUUGUUGAAGGAGGAGGGUGCUGCGUUGAAGAAAGUGGAUGCUGCAGCAGAAGCUCCUUGUGGAGCUGCUGCUGCUCCUGUUGCUGCUGCUGCUCCUGUUGCUGCUGAUGAUGAUUUUUAUGAUGGAAUUCCGCGGUAUCCGCAGGGUUUGACGCAGAAAUCGCGGUCCGUCAGGAAGGUUUCUGAGGUGAGUUCACGUUUAGGUAGAGCUGGUACCGCUGGAUUGGGAAUGGCGGUGGAGGUCUUGGAUACACUUGGGAGCAGCAUGACGAAUUUUAACUCUGGCAAUGGAUUUGCUUCUACAGCACCAACUAAAGGCAAUGAAGUAUCAAUUUUAGCAUUUGAGAUCGCAAAUACUAUCAAAAAGGGUUCGAAUCUUUUGAAAUCCCUCUCGAAAAGAAGUAUUCAGCAAUUGAAAGAAGAGGUGCUUCCUUCGAAAAGUGUGCAGUACUUGGUUUCUAAAGAUACAGAUGAGCUGCUAAGGAUUGUUGGAGCUGACAAAAGGGAGGAGUUAAAAAUAUUUGCUCGGGAGGUGGUCCGUUUUGGAAAUCGCAGUAAAGAUCCUCAGUGGCACAACUUGGAUCGUUAUUUGGAGAAAAUCUGCAGGGGAGUUAUUCCUCAAAGGAAUUUGAAGGAGGAGGCAGAUUUGGUGAUUCAACAACUAAUGACUCUGGUCCAGCACACUGUUGAAUUAUACCAUGAACUGCAUACGUUGGACCGAUUUGAACAAGACUAUCAGCGUAAGCGUCUAGAAGAGGCGAUUUCAUCAGGAACUCAAAGAGGCAAUAACAUGGCAAUCUUGAGGUCAGAACUAAAAAGCCAAAAGAAACUAGUAAAAAGUUUGAAGAAAAAGUCUCUUUGGUCUAAAAGUCUUGAAGAGAUGAUGGAGAAGCUUGUAGAUAUUGUUCACUUUCUACAUCUAGAGAUACAAAAUGAAUUUGGUGAUGCUGAUGCUCAUAAACCAGCUGAGAAAUCUGCAAACAGUGAUAACAGACUGGGACCUGCUGGCCUGGCGUUGCAUUAUGCCAAUAUGAUCAUUCAAAUUGAUACCCUUGUAGCCAGAUCAAGCAAUAUGCCUCCAAAUACAAGGGACGCAUUGUACCAAAGCUUGCCGCCUACUUUAAAAUCAUCUUUGCGCUCCAAAUUAAAAUCUUUUCAUGUUAAAGACGAGAUGACUGUUAAAGAGAUCAAAGAUGAGAUGGAAAAAACUUUGGGGUGGCUCGUUCCAGUCGCUACAAACACUGCGAAAGCCCAUCAUGGUUUUGGCUGGAUUGGAGAGUGGGCAAACACUGGUUCUGAUCGAAAGCCGGCUCUUCAAACUGAAGUACUGCGAAUCGAGACACUCCACCAUGCCGAUAAAGAUAAAACAGAAGCGUGUAUACUUGAGAUGCUGUUAUGGCUUCACCAUUUGGCCACUCGGAACAAGUCUAGCAAUAACACAGAGGGCAACAAGUGUCCUUUGAAGUCCACACCCCUCCCAAAGGCAAAUCAGCAGCCCAAGGACGGAGUCACCAAUGCUCCAACGCCCGUGCUAACACCCGAAGACCAUGAGAUGCUGCAGGCUGCAACCAAGAAAAGGCGGAUCCCGGGAAUCAGCAAAAGUCAAGACUUUGAUGCUGAGAAGACCAGUUCAAGAAAAUGCAGCUCGCUGACUAGGAGUAGCAGCCAUUCCUCAAGGAGAGUAAGUCAGGAACCCGUACCUUUCAAUAGAAUUUCUUCCGGGAUUCGAAUCCCUGAUUUCUGCAUUGACAAGGAGAAAGUAUUGGAUAUUAUAGACAGAGUGGAGACACGAAGAUAAAUUGCGAAAACACUAUAGAUCAUCGAUUCAUCAUCGAGAAAAGCAGGCCGUAAAAGAACGGGGGAUCUUGUAAAUCUUUUCGUACCUGGCAUAAGAGGUUAUCCAUUUAUCUUGACUUCUGGGUUGCAAUAUAUUGUAUAUAUAGCGAAAAGAUACCACACAACACAGAGAUAGAACAUGAUUUGGGGUGAAGAGUUUGGAAAUAUGCUUUGACAUAAAAUAGUUUCAUACGAAAUCACAAUUGCACCAUACGGCAUUUUUAGAAACUUAUUGAACAAUGAGGUCUGCAGGAUUGUUAGAGAUGUAUUGUUGUAGCAACUCUUUGGCCUUUGCUUUCUGAUUGAUGUACGUACUAAUUGGAAGAGUGAGUUAUUACAAAA